UGUUCUGACCCACCGACUUUAACUCAGAAAACAAUUGUCCCGAAGCCAAACCUAGUUGACGAACCCUGUUUUAUAGUAUUCCAUGGCCUUUACUGGCCAACUGCUGUUAUGGUUAUGAUAUACUAUGGUGUUGUGUCACUAGACUUUGACCAGAUAUUAUUACAUCCAAAGAUCAACUGUACCUAGAAUAUAGAUACAGAGACACUUGUCAUCAGGAAGGUUCUCUCUCAGCACAACGGAAAAUAUCUCAAUGACUUGACAUGUUCUGGUUGUGAAUUCAGGCUACAAGGGGUCAGUGCUCUAAAAUGAGUCUCUCUGGGGAGAGAAAGGAGAGAAAGGAGGGGGGGCCUGCCUCUAAAAGGAGUCUCUCUGAGGAGAGCGAGGAGGGGGGGCCUGCCUCUAAAAGGAGUCUCUCUGAGGAGAGCGAGGAGGGGGGUCCUGCCUCUAAAAGGAGUCUCUCUGGAGAACAUGACACCAAAGCUAAGAGCCCAAUCAAGCAGGAGAGACCAGCCUCCCCUGUUCCCAGCUGUGUGUCCAUGAAGAGUGACUGGUCUAUGGAACUUCCUAUAGAGUUUAGAGAGGGAGACUUUUCUACUGAACAAAGAAACCAACAGGAGAGAUCAGAGUCAGAGAUUCUCAGUGGUCAGUCUUCCCAGAGUCAUCAAACAGACCUGGCCUCCAUAUUCAGUUUGCUUGAAGAGAAAAUUAUGACAUUUGUGAAGAACGAGCUGAAGAUGUUCAAGAGGAUUCUUGGUCCAGAACUCCCAGAAGGCUUUGAGAGUCAGAAGCAGGAAGUGGUGGAUGCUGAAGAUGAGAAGCAGGAGAGCAGUGCCAGAGAGGGGGCUCUGAAGAUCACACUGCACAUCCUGAGGAAAAUGAACCAGAAGGAGCUUGCUGACAAACUAGAGAAAUAUGAGCUUGCUGUGAUUUGCCAACGUGAACUCAAAUCUAAUCUAAAGAAGAAGUUUCAAUGUGUAUUUGAGGGGAUCGCUAAACAAGGAAACCCAACACUUCUCAAUAAGAUCUACACAGAGCUCUACAUCACAGAGGGUGGAACAGGAGAGGUUAAUAAUGAACAUGAGCUGAGACAGAUUGAGACAACAACCAGGAAACAAGCAAGACCAGAGACUGCAAUCAAAUGUAACGACAUCUUCAAACCCUUAACUGGACAAGAUAAACAUAUCAGAACUGUGCUGACAAAGGGAGUCGCUGGCAUUGGAAAAACAGUCUCUGUGCAGAAGUUCAUUCUGGACUGGGCUGAAGGAAAAGCAAAUCAGGAUGUCCAAUUUGUAUUUUCAUUCCCUUUCCGGGAGCUGAAUUUGAUGAAAGAGGACAAACACACUUUAAUUGAACUUCUUAAUCACUUCUCAAUGGAAACCAAACAAUCAAGAAUCUCCAACUACAACAAGUACAAAGUUCUGUUCAUCUUUGAUGGUCUGGAUGAGUGCCGACUGCCCCUAGACUUCCAGAAGAACAAGAUCUGUUGUGACGUCACAGAGUCAACCUCAGUGGAUGUUCUGCUGACAAAUAUCAUCAAGGGAAAUCUGCUUCCCUCUGCUCUCCUCUGGAUAACUACCCGACCUGCAGCAGCCAAUAAGAUCCCUGCAGCGUGUGUUGACCAGGUGACAGAGGUACGAGGGUUCAAUGACCCACAGAAGGAGGAGUACUUCAGGAAGAGAUUCAGUGAUGAGGACCUGGCCAGCAGAAUCAUCUCACACAUAAAGACAUCAAGGAGCCUCCACAUCAUGUGCCACAUUCCAGUCUUCUGUUGGAUUUCUGCAACAGUCCUUGAACACAUGUUGAGUACAGACAAGAGAGAAGAGAUGCCCAAGACUCUGACUGAGAUGUACACACACCUUGUGGAGUUUCAUACCAAACAGAAGAAUGAAAAGUAUCUUGGGAAAGAAGAGACAGGUCCACACUGGAAUAAAGAGAGCAUUCUGUCACUGGGAAAACUGGCUUUUCAACAGCUUGUGAAGGGCAAUCUGAUUUUCUAUGAAGAAGACCUGAAAGAGUCUGGCAUUGAUGUCAAUGAAGCCUCAGUGUACUCAGGAUUGUGCACACAGCUCUUUAAAGAGGAAUGUGGGCUGUACCAGGACAAGGUGUACUGCUUUGUUCAUCUGAGCAUUCAGGAGUUUCUGGCUGCUGUAUAUGUGUUCCUCUCAUUCAUCAACAACAAUGAGAAUCUAAUGGACAAACUGCAAACAAACGACAAGCCUGAAGUUACUUUCUACAAGAGUGCUGUGGAUAAAGCCUUACAAAGUGAGACGGGAAACCUGGACCUUUUCCUCCGCUUCCUUCUGGGCCUCUCACUGGAGUCCAAUCAGAAGCACUUACGAGGUCUACUGACAAAGACAAGAAGCAUCUCACAGAGCCAUGAAGAAGCAGUCGAGUACAUCAAGGAGAAGAUCGGGGAGGAUCUCUCUCCAGAGAGGAGCAUCAAUCUGUUCCACUGUCUGAAUGAACUGAAUGACCAUUCUCUAGUGAAGGAGAUCCAAAGAUACCUGAGAUCAGGAAGUCUCUCAAAACCCAACCUGUCACCUGCACAGUGGUCAGCUCUGGUCUUUGUGUUGCUGACUUCAGAACAGGAGCUGGAUGUGUUUGACCUGAAGAAAUACUCCAGAUCAGAGGAAGGUCUUCUGAGGCUGCUGCCAGUGGUCAAAGCCUCCAGAGCUGUUCUGCUGUCAGGCUGUGGAGUCACAGAGGAAGGCUGUGCUUCUCUGGUCUCAGCUCUGAGGUCAAACCCCUCACACCUGAGAGAGCUGGAUCUGAGUAACAAUGACCUGAAGGAUUCAGGAGUGAAGCUGCUCUCUGCUGGACUGGGGAAUCCCCACUGUAAACUGGAGACUCUGAGGCUGUCAGGCUGUCUAGUCACAGAGGAAGGCUGUGCUUCUCUGGUCUCAGCUCUGGCGUCAAACCCCUCACACCUGAGAGAGCUGGAUCUGAGCUACAAUCACCCAGGAGACUCAGGAGUCAGACUGCUCUCUGCUGGACUGGAGGAUCCACACUGCAGACUGGAGAAACUCAAUGUGGAACAUGGUGGAGAGAACAGAAUGAAACCUGGGCUUAGAAAAUAUGUCUGUGAUCUCACACUGGACCCAAACACAGUAAACAGACUCCUCUCUCUGUCUGAGGAGAACAGAAAGGUGACAUGGAGGAGAGAGAAGCAGCCGUAUCCUGAUCACCCAGAGAGAUUUCAGUACUGGAGACAGGUGCUGUGUAGAGAGGGUCUGACUGGGCGCUGUUACUGGGAGGUAGAGUGGAGUGGGAGGGCUGAUGUAGGAGUGACAUAUAAAGGAAUCAGCAGGAGAGGAAGGGGUGAUGACUGUGGUCUUGGAUACAAUGACAAGUCCUGGGGUCUGCUCUGCUCUGACAACAGUUACUCUGCCAGGCACAAUAAUAAACCCACUACCAUAGACGUCCCCUCCUCCAGCUCCCACAGAGUAGGAGUGUAUCUGGACUGGCCAGCCGGCACUCUGUCCUUCUAUAGAGCCUCCUCUGACACACUGAACCACCUGAUCACAUUCACCUCCACAUUCACUGAGCCCCUCUAUCCAGGGAUUUAUGUUUGUGUUGACUCGUCAGUAUCCCUGAAAUAAUCACCUGACACACACACACUGGACACACACACACACUGGACACACACACAUACAAACACAGUGGAAACACAAACACACACAUUCACUGAACACACACACACAAAACUGGACACACAAACAAGCACUGGACACACACGCACACACACAAACUUGACACACACACUGGAAACACACACACACUUGACACACACACUGGAUACACACACACACACACACACACACACACACACACACACACACACACACACACACACACACACACACUGGACACACUGGGCACACUGGACACACACAAACUGGAAACAUACACACACACACACACACACUGGACACACACACACACACUGGAUACACACACACACACACACUGGACACACUGGACACACACAAACUGGAAACAUAAACAGGAUACACACACACACACACACACUGACAAACACACACUUACAAACACACACUCUGACAGUGUGAUUUAAUGAUAUAUUUUACUGUUUGUGUUUGUACCACAGGAGGUUGGUGGGACCUUAAUUGGGGAGGACAGGCUUGUAAUGGCUGGAGGGGAAUAAUUGGAAUGGUAUCAAACACGUGGUUUCCAUGUGUUCCAUUUCAUUCACUCUGUUCCAGAUUAUUAUAAGCCGUCCUCCCCUCACCAGCCUCCUCUGGUAUGUACUGUCCUAUAUGUGAGACAUCCAACAAGGAAUUACAAUGUAUGUAUUACUUUUAAUACCUGCAAAUGGCAAAUAAACUACUAGAACUCCUUA